AUGAAAUCAUUCGCCAAAAGAGCCCUUUUCCAGGCCCUGCGGGUAGCGCUGGUUGCAGUGACGGUCUCCCUGGCGGUCCAGACAUACCUGGAUGGAUGGAAGAAACCACAACUAGUGGUGAUAGAAUCUCGACUCGAGACCAACGAACCUUCUCUAAGCGAACCACCUACAACGGAAUCUUCCUCACCGCAAACCCUAUGGGAUGCUCUUCAAAAUGAUCCUUCCUUGACCAAAUUCACCAAGCUAGUUGGAGAGUUCGAAGACAUUGUCGGCGGUCUCCGGGCACAUAGAGCUCAACUCACAAUCUACGCACCUGUCAACGAGGCAUUCGACAAGGAAGAAUUUCCCUAUGACCUCCCGUGGUUCUACUGGAAAUUCCUAGUCGGUUACCACAUGGGCAAAGGAAGCGUUUCAGUCCAGGCGUUGCCCAAUCAAAAUACAGUCUCCUCUUUCGUGAAUGCCGAUAUCUUUUUCAAGAACCAGCAACGCAUCAGCGUGCAGGACAACCAUCCAGACCCUGUGACGUUCAACUUUCGCUCCAAAUUACUAUCCUCCAAGCCAGCUGUCAACGGUCACCUGCACGUUGUUGACCGACUUUUGAUGUUGCCAGACUCAGCCGCAGACGUGCUUCGGUAUACCCCGUCUCUCGGAAUAUUUCGUCAGGGUUUGAUCCAGACCGGACUUGCAGAGGUGGUCAACGACACAUCAACACAUAUCGGACAGACGCUUUUCGUGCCCUCCAAUGCCGCAUUCCAGCAACUCGGGCCCAAAGUCAAUUCCUUCCUUUUUGGUCCGGGAGGCAGUGAGUACUUGAAAGCUUUACUUGCCUACCACGUCGUGGCCAACGAGACUUUAUUCUCGGAUGUCCAUUUCCCUGCAAAGAAUGGCGAUCAGGUUGUCUUUUCCCGGGAAUCCACCGAUCACCCCGUGGAAAUGCCCACUCUUGCUGGUGGGCACUCCAUUUCUGCAGAUUCUAUUCUACAGUCGAGUGGUCGGCGGAUAAUCUCAGUCAAUGACGAGUGGAAGGUGAGCCGACCUGAUAUUGUCGUGAUGGAUGGGGUGAUUCAUGAGUUGGACGCUGUGUUACUACCACCAUUUGUGGAGGGCGAAGGUCAGGUGGGGAAGCAAAACCUUAAUUGGUGGUCUAUGGUAAAGCGUUCUAUGAACCUCGGUGGGGGAAUCACAGUGGAGGAUUUGAUGGAGCGAUUGCAGCCGCUGAUAGAAAGUGAGGGAUCAUCUUGA